AUGGCAUCAUCCGAAAUCCCAAUGCAGGUGGCAGAGACGAUCCAGACAGCGCACAUCAACCGGGCGCCCUCGGCCCAGCACGACCUCAACCCGUCCACGGCCGCCGACGCGAGGGAGCCCGUCCACCUGGACAAAGACGAGGCGCACGUCGACGACGACGACGAUGACAUCCCCGUCAGCGUGCUGAGGCCCGCCAGGCGCUUCUCGCACCUGCCGCCCAUCCCCGACCUGCGCUUCGAGCAGAGCUACCUGCACAGCAUACAGGAUGCCAAGUCGUGGUGGAUGGUGGCAUGGAUCACCACGCGGGAUCAGCUCGUGAUGCCCAUGCUGCAGGGCGUCGUCUACAACCUCGCCUGGUGCGGCUGGCAGUACUGGAACAGGAACGCGCAGAUGAGCGGGAACUCGAUAGGCGCACAGGUCCGGAGGUGGUGGUGGGGGGUCAACAACUGGCCCAUCCCCUCGAAGCCGGUGGCGAGAGAGAAGAAAGACUGGUUCCGUCGAUGA